GCGGGGCGGGGGGUCGCGCGCGCUCGUUCGCGCGGCUUGCUGCGUACAGUAGUGACGGCCGCGCGGGAGGGGUCACAUGACCACGGCGGCUGCCUGUACAGUAAGAGCCCAAUAUGGCAGCGGCGGUCGCAGUGGCAACGGCAGUAGGACCGGCCGCCCCGUAGAGCCCCCCCCACCCCCCCACCGCGCGCCUCCGCGGCCGCUUCCACGCGGAGUUGCUUCUCCGGUCGGACUUCCCCUUUCUCCCACCUUUCCCGGCACCGCGGGAAAAGCAGUGCAGGGCUCAGCAGGCAAGGGGACGCAGCCGGAGCCGGGGCACGGAAGCCUCCGAGUCAGUUCAAGAACAGACAUGAGGGAAAAGGGCCGUAGGAAGAAGGGCAGGACCUGGGCGGAGGCCGCCAAGACGGUCUUAGAAAAAUACCCAAACACACCCAUGAGUCAUAAAGAAAUUCUACAGGUUAUCCAGAGAGAAGGACUAAAAGAAAUCAGUAGUGGGACUUCCCCUCUUGCAUGCUUGAAUGCAAUGCUGCACACAAACUCCCGAGGAGAAGAAGGCAUCUUCUACAAAGUCCCAGGUAGAAUGGGAGUGUAUACUUUGAAGAAAGAUGUGCCAGAUGGAGUGAAAGAGCUGUCAGAAGGUUCAGAAGAAAGCAGUGAUGGGCAGUCAGAUUCUCAGAGCUCUGAGAACAGCAGCAGCAGUGAUGGUGGCAGCAACAAAGAAGGGAGAAAGAGCAGGUGGAAAAGGAAAGUGUCAUCUAGACUGUCACAGCCAUCUUCUCCCCAGUCAGGCUGCCCAUCACCCACCAUUCCAGCAAGUAAAGUCAUUUCUCCAUCACAGAAGCACAGCAAAAAGGCAUUAAAGCAGGCCCUGAAGCAGCAACAACAGAAGAAGCAGCAGCAGCAGCAAUGCAGGCCAAGCAUGUCCAUCUCCAAUCAACACCUCUCCCUCAAGACUGUCAAGGCAGCCAGUGAUCCUGUGUCUGCCAAACCUGCCCUGUGGGAAGGAAAACAAUCUGAUGGACAGUCAAGCAGUCCCCAGAACUCAAAUUCCAGCUUUUCUUCCUCAGUGAAAGUGGAAAGUUCUCUGCUAGGCUUGGGGAAGAAGUCUUUCCAGAGGUCUGACAGACUCCACACAAGACAAAUGAAAAGGACUAAAUGUGCUGACAUUGAUGUUGAGACUCCUGAUUCCAUUCUGGUUAAUACUAAUCUUCGAGCACUAAUCAACAAGCACACCUUUUCAGUUCUUCCUGGAGACUGCCAGCAGCGUCUGCUUUUGUUGCUUCCAGAGGUGGAUCGACAGGUUGGUCCAGAUGGCUUGAUGAAGUUGAAUGGCUCAGCCCUUAACAAUGAGUUCUUCACUUCUGCAGCCCAGGGCUGGAAGGAAAGGCUUUCAGAAGGUGAAUUUACCCCUGAAAUGCAGGUGAGAAUUCGACAAGAGAUUGAGAAGGAAAAGAAAGUAGAGCUGUGGAAGGAACAAUUUUUUGAAAGUUACUAUGGUCAGAGUUCUGGCCUAAGCCUUGAAGAUUCACAGAAACUGACAUCUUCUCCAAGUGAUUCCAAAGCAAAGAAAACCCCAGCUGAGCAACUAAAAUCCAUACUUCCUUCAGAGGCCUCUCCUGUCAGAAUCAUCCCAGUAGCUCCUCAGUCUGAGUGUAAAGAAGAAGCUGUGCAAAUACCAUCACCAUUCAAAAAUGAAGAAAGCCAAGACGAGGCAAGGCCAAACUCUAAAUCCCCAGAAUUAGUUCUUGCAUCAGCUAGCAAUACAAAUGAGCUUAUCCCCUUGCAGCCCAUCAAGAGUCCUAAGGAUGAGGGUCUCUUAGAGCAGAAGCCAGCUGUCUCUGCUGAACAAGAAUCUGAGAAAGAAAAUCAUGUCACCACAACUUCUAGUAAUAACAAAAGUGAGAACCAAGAAGUGUUAGCUAUAUCCCCAAGCAAAUCUAAAACUGCUGGGUUAGAAAAACCCAUAACAAAGCCUGUUGAAGAAGCCAGUGGACUGGAUCCUGAUGUGAAGAUGCCUCCAGCAACUGUUACUGAUCAGAUCCCAGAAAGUCUCAAGAGGAAAUCUUCUCUUACUCAUGAAGAGGCCACUAGCAGCUGGGAGAAAAGACCACGUGUCACUGAGAAUCUCCAACACCAGCAGCCAUUUCAGGUCUCCCCACAGCCCUUUCUUAAUAGAGGGGACAGGGUCCAAGUGCGAAAAGUCCCACCUCUCAAGAUCCCUGUCUCCAGAAUCUCCCCGAUGCUGUACUCUACAUCGCAGGUCUCUCCCAGGGCUCGUUUUCCAAUCUCCAUCACUAGUCCUCACAGAACAGGAGCCAGAACUCUGGCAGACAUCAAAGCAAAAGCCCAGUUGGUCAAAGCACAAAGGGCAGCAGCCGCAGCAGCUGCUGCAGCUGCUGCAGCCGCCUCAGUUGGAGGGACCAUUCCAGGACCUGGCCCUGGGGGUGGACAAAGUCCAAGAGAGGGUGGUGAAAGGAAAACUGCUGGAGGAGGGAGUGCAGGCUCAGACCCAGUCAGUACAAAUGGAAAAGGUCCCAUGCUGGAACUGGCCGGAACUGGAAGCAGGGGAGGUACGAGAGAACUUUUACCCUGUGGUCCUCAACCUGAGACCAAUACAGCAGGCCAAGCACAGCCUCCUGGUGUCUCUGGAGCACAACUACAGCAAACCUCCUCAGUGCCUACAGAACUUGCCAUCAGUGGAGCGUGUACAAGCGUCCCAUUACCAGCCCACAUAGAAAUAUCAAACAAUGAAAAACCAAACCCCCACAAGGCAACAGCCACAGCAGCCUCUCCUUGCCACUCUCAAGACCUUAGGAGUUGCAGACUUGAGAAAGCUCUGUCUCCAACAGGGCCUCCUCUGAUCUCAGGAGCCUCACCUGUUUGUUUUCUAGCUGAUGGCACAGUUGAGCCCAAAGCAGGUUCUAAUAAGAAUGCACCAAAGCCUUCAGCCUUAGCAAAGACAACUGCUUCUGCUCCACUAGAUACGACUUCCUCUCCUGUAACAUCUUUAUUGACAGAAAAACUCCCUGUACCCCAGAUCAGUGGAACUGCAACAUCUACUGGAUCAGCUCCAUCUUCAAGCACUUUGCCAGCAGCUUCUAGCCUUAAAACCCUAGGAACUUCUGCAAAUAUGAAUGGACCCAUUUCAAGACCAAGUUCUAGUAUCCCUGCUAACAACCCUUUAGUUACUCAGCUGCUUCAGGGCAAAGAUGUUCCCUUGGAGCAAAUUCUGCCCAAACCUCUCACCAAAAUUGAAAUGAAAACAGUUCCACUGACUACAAAAGAGGAAAAGGGGAUAGGGGUAUUCCCUGGUGUCAGUGUAACGGAAAGUAGCAGCAGAGAGGAAGGUAACGGCAGGCAGGCCCAUCCGGCUGUCCAGCAGCUGGGGAAACCCUUGCAGAGUAAGCAGGUUUCCCAGGUUCCAAGGCCAGUUUUCACUGCUAAGGACCGGAAGGACCCCUGCAUUGACACUCACCAGUACCAAGAAGGUCUAAGUAAAACAACACAAGAUCAGCUCUUUCAGACUCUUAUCCAGAGGGCUCAGAGACAGAGCGUUCUUUCAUUUGUACCACCCUCUCAGUUCAACUUUGCUCACUCAGGUUUCCACUUGGAAGAUAUCUCCACAAGCCAGAAGUUCAUGCUGGGUUUUGCUGGCAGAAGGACAUCCAAGCCUGCAAUGGCAGGUCACUAUUUGCUUAAUAUUUCCACCUAUGGCCGGGGUACAGAGAGCGUUAAGAGGACCCAUUCUGUAAAUCCUGAGGAACGAUUUUGUCUAAGUAGCCCCACCGAAGCUUUGAGAAUGGGACAUGCAGAUUGUAAAAACACACCCGGAGAAAGCAGUAGCAGCAAAGAAGAUGAGAGUGAUGAAGAUAGUGGGGGUGAUGAACAGGAGCCUGUUUCAGUGAAGGAGGAGCCCUGGGCUUCUCAGAGUUCUGGCAAGCAUCCCCACUGUGGGGAGGCUCCAUCCACCAAUGAUUGUUUAGCUAGCAAGAAUGGUAAGACUGAGGCACCAGUGAGUGAGCAAACCACUUUAGGCAAGGAGAAUUACAUAUUCUCUAGAGGCCAAACAUUUGAUGAAAAGACCCUGGCCAGAGAUUUUAUUCAGGCAGCACAUAAACAAAUGACACAUGCUGUGAGAGGUAAGACAGUAUGUAGCAGCCCCGAGCUUUUCAAUUCUGCUCUUUCUCUCCCUGCAGACAGUCCCACACAUCAGCCUCUACUCCUUCCACCACUGCAAACCCCCAAAUUGUAUGGUAGCCCCACACAGAUAGGGCCAAGCUAUAGAGGCAUGAUCAAUGUCUCCACCUCAUCAGACAUGGACCAUAACUCUGCUAUACCAGGCAGCCAUGUAUCUAGCAAUGUAGGGGAUGUCAUGUCAUUUUCAGUGACUGUCACUACCAUCCCUGCUAGCCAAGCAAUGAAUCCCAGCAGCCAUGGCCAGACAAUUCCUGUUCAGACUUUUCCUGAUGAGAAUAGUAUCGAGGACACACCAUCAAAAUGUUAUUGCCGGUUGAAAGCCAUGAUCAUGUGCAAAGGAUGUGGAGCUUUCUGCCAUGAUGAUUGCAUUGGCCCCUCCAAACUGUGUGUCUCCUGCCUCGUUGUUCGGUAAUAAGACUAUAGCGAAUGUAAAUGAGGGAAGGGUAGGCUUAAAAAGUCAUGUUCUUGCACCCUUUUUAAAAUCACAGAAAUAAAGUUUCAGUUGUCUCAAGAGACGUUAAUCAGGAAUACAGAAUGCAGGUCUUUACAUUUACAGGAAGAGCACCUUGUAUAGUAGGUCUGGGUCAAAUAGGACUGAAUUGGUGACAAAGUUUGCACUUACAAAAUCAUGUAAAUAUGUCACAUUUUGUUUUAACAUUUUUCAAAGUAUUUAGGUAAUGAUGUAUUAACUUUACAUUCAGAUUUAUGUUCCAGUUCUUUUGACUCUGAGAAAAGUUGAAUGGUAUGCAUGGUGAAAGGAAGCUGUCUGCCUCUGGCCUUUCCUGGGGCUAUGAAAAGGAAGGUCAGGAAGUGACCACCGUGCUGAUUGCCUUCACCAGUUUACUGGUUCAGGUUCUUCACAUAGAAGAUGGCCUUUGUGGGAUUUAGAUUCGGGAUUGGCUCAUCCCUUUACUUUAGGUUGAACCAUUUUCUAUGGAAUUUUCAAAAGAUAUUACCAUUCUAGACAGUGUUUUUGAUCCUGACAGUCCUGGUGUAGCUUUGGCUUCCAUGAAUCUGUACUGUUGUUACGCAGAGCUCUGCAGUUAAGAGGGCUCUACUUCUAAGGGGCUCCUAUGUUAGACUAGAAUGUACGUGGCAGUGGUUCCAGCAAUAAUACAUUACAACAUUGCAUCAAUCAUGGGCUCCCACAAAUAGACACAUUAGGGGUGUGUGUGUGCGUACGUGUAUGUGCGUGCACAUGUGUUUGCGAGUGCACGCACGAGUAUGUAUGUUGAAAAAGGGGGAUGAAAUUGAAGAAACUGAAACUUUAAGGAAUUUGGAAGAGUGGUUUUAACACUGGACAGAAAAUAUAGUCUUUUCCUAUUCUCUCAAUCCAUUUUUAGGUAGAAAAGGUUUCUAGUGGUUCUUCUGCUUUGGCAUCCAGAGCAUAAGAGAUGGACGCAGCUACCCUAUGCCAUCCUAGUAUAAUAAUUUUUGUACCCACACACUGUACAAGAAGACAGUUUGCUGUUUUAGAGAGUGAGUCUACUAUUUCAGCUGUCAGGACAGCCAGGAUGCCUAAUGUGAAAGGGUAUUGUGAGUGACUAAUGGAAUAUAUGGCUGUGAGAUUUUGCUAUUUUUCUUUCCUUUUGAUUUUUUUUUUUUUUUAAAUCCUCUCAGCACUCUGGAGACAAAGGCAGACCAGUCUCUGAGUUCAAGGCCAGCCUGAUCUUCAUAAUCCAGGAAAACUGGGCUAUCUUAGAAGCCCUGUCUCAAAACAAAAACAAACAAAAAGCUCUAAAUAAAUAAAAGAAGUUUAAAAAAAUACACAAGGGGCUAGAGAGAUGGCUCAGCAGUUAAGAGCACUGACUCCUUUUCCAGAGAUCCUGAGUUCAAUUCCAAGCAACCACAUGGUGGCUCACAACCAUCUGUAAUGGGAUCUGAUGCCCUCUUCUAGUGUGACAGUGACAGUGUUCUCACAUACAUAAAAUACAUAAAUCUUUAAAAUAAGAAAAACACACGCUUUUAAUCUCAGCGCUUGGGAGGAAAGAGGCAGGUGAAUCUUAUUGGGUUAGGGCCAGUGUGGUUUAUAGCAAGCUCCAGGGUAUACAGUGAAACACUUGUCUUUAAAAAAAAAAAAAAAAAAAAAAAAAAAAAAAACCAAAAUCAAAACCAAAAGCUAGUUACAAAUUUUUAAAGAAAUACUGUUUAAGUCAUAGUUAAAGAUGGUUUAAAGAAAAAUAGUUCACCAGAAUUUAAUAUUAAAUAGUCUGCAUUGUUUGAUUUCAAGUCUCCUGAUUUGAAGUGUGUGGUGUAAUAUUGCAACCCAGUAUAGGUGUAUUUCAAAAGCUACUUAUAAAACCCAGAACAGUUUAAUCUUGUUAAUUACAUCACAUUCCAGAUUGGAGAAAGGAGACAAUGAUGUAUCUGCCUGCUUGUGAUUUCCCCCCCCUUGGCCACCCUCAGUCCCUGCUCCAAACUCUGUGAAACUCACCCUUCAGCUUUCUUCCCCGCUGUUGUGGACCUAAGCAAUUACAGGUUUAAAUUCUGUAUACAACACUAGUCAAGAUAAUGUGAUAUCCUUCCAUCUUUCCCCUUUAUUUCAGGAGAUCCAUAGCUUAGAGAAAAUGAAGACUGCAAGGAUUCAGGGUUAAGAAGUGUGUAUGUUCUGAAGUGAAGGACCAGUAGGAAAUGAAAGCCAGGAUUGUGCUCCCAAAACUUCAGGACAUUAGGUAGUCCCCGUGGGACCUUAAAAGACCCAUAUCUGAGUAGUCUCCCUUGUCUAGCCUGCUGGAAGAGGAUGAAUGACUCAGAAUGGACUUCAUGCUGUCAGUGAGUAGUUUGUAUUAGUGAGAAUAAUUUUCCUACUUCCUGCCUUGCUUUCUAGGAAGGCUUUUGCUCCAUAGUUCCCUUAAUCUGAGAGUGGAUAGACAGUAGGAAAGCAUUAGGGACUGUCUGGUCCUUCUAAAGAGGAAAUAACAUUGUUACUCUUCGUGAUCCACUGAGGUCAUGUAAGUCCUAAGUAUUGCUUUUCACUAGAUUCCACUAAGUAAUAUCCAACUAGUUUGCAUUUAAAAGUAUUCCAAAAGCAGGAUUUACCAGCUAUUUUUUUAGAUUGAAAAUAUAUUAAAUUAGAAUCCUUUUAGUCUUUGUUUUAUUUGAGAUGGAAGAUGAACAUUCAUCUUAUAAAUGGACAGAAAAUAAACUAGUCUGCCCCUUUGAGUUUGUCACUCCAGUAACUAUUAACACAAAUUUUGUCAUGGCCUUUCAGUUAUUUUACUUUUAACUCCACUCUGAACUGGUUCAAUAAGUGCUAAGUUUAUUCUUUGGGUGGCAAUUUCCUAUGAGGUAUUAAAUAUCUGAUACGUGAUGCUGCUGUGUGCCCCAUCCAGCCUUCCUUCAAAGUAGUCUCUGUAAACCGCUGGGAUAGUAGUGUGUCAUCUCAAUGUGAUUUUUAAGUGUUCUGAGUUGCCUAAGUAGAACACUCCUUGAAUCAUAAUGUGUUUUUUUGUUUUGUUUAUUGAAUAAUCAGCAUUCUUUAGCCCACUAAUAUGGGGGUAGGGUAGGGAGAAAAGGCACAAAUAACCUGGAGUUGUUUGGACUUGGUUCCUUGACUCCUGUGCUCAAGACACUGAAGCUAUCUCCCAUGUUCUGUGUGAGACUUCUUAAGAUCUGGCAAAUGAGGGAGUGUUUCUUGAGAGGGAAAGGCUGCCUUUCUAUGGGUAUAGAGAUGUGGAUAUUUGAGAACCUAUCUCAGAUGUCAGGUAGUGGACCUCACUGCCUUCCAGGUGAAGGUGUGUUGUCUUACAUAGAACGGCCCCCCUAGUUACCAUUCUGACUUCUCUAUACUGCUUUCCUCCACUUCAGAAAGUCUUCAUGAGCUCUUGGUUAAAUGGUUUAUUAUGAGAAGGCUUUCCUCUAGUCAUUUUUCUGUGAUUUAUUUUAGAGCUCAUUGUCAAUGAGCAGUGUCAGAAUUGUUUCCUCCCAGAUUUAACAAGGAGAAGAAAGUUUCUUGUUGCUUUACAACAGUGUGUGCUAAGUGCUGAGCUUGGCUAUGGGUAGUUUGCAGCUCAAUUUAUACAACAGUCCAAAGAGACCUUCCAAAACUGACAGGCAGGGACUUUUUCCUAUGUGUUUCAAUACUAUACCUAUUGAACAAAGCAGUAGGUAGACAUUUCCUAAAGUUGAAGCAGUAGCUUCAUAGAGUCUUGGUUACUUUAUUUUUUUUAAUGCUUUACAUUUGAUACAAGUAUUGAAGAUCAAUUUAAAAAUAACUUUCCAGUAAUAUAUUUUAAGUAAUAUAUAUUUUAAUAUCUAUGUAAAAAAGUGACAGUGAAGGACUGAAUUUCUCAUGUAUACUAUGUUUAAUGGUAGGGUCUCACUGUUAAGGCACAAAUUAUUUCAAAGGAGUUGUUCUAAAAACACUCAGAUUAUUUCCCCCCCCCCCCAAAAAAUGCAAUAAUGGGAAUGAUUUGGGGCUUUUAUUUUUUAUUUUAAAAGAAAAUUGACUUAUUUACUACAAACUAUUUUUCCCUCUCUGGUGGUAAGGUUUGUACAGACUGGUUUGGUAAAUGCUAAUUUUUUGUGUCUUUUGCCUUUUUAAAGGAAUUGUUAACAUUGGAAUUGAGGGUAUGUACAGAGAAGUUGGUGUCAAUGCCAUUUAAUAAGUCAUAUUUUUUCACAAAUAAGGAAAAAUCAUUUUAAUGAGAAUUUUAAGUAUUUGCAAUAAAUAUAUGUAUAUAGAUUGUAUGUAUUCAUAUAUUAUUUUUCAUUUUAUUAUUACGUAAAAGAUAAUUAAAGUGAAAUUAAAAAUCUUGUAGUUUUUGAUGAAUCUUGAGGUCUAACAUCUGAAUGUAACAUGGGGAAGGGCCCUCAGAUAGUUGCCUUAUACAGUUAUGGGAAGGUCGUCACAGACUGGGAAAGAGUAAAUUGAGGAACUUGGCCAUAAGUCAGGACAGUAUAUUUCAGAACUUAAGUAAAAAUAUGAAAAUGUGAUAGCUCCUCUCUGUUGUGUUGUCGCCUUCACCUGUGGUUUCCUAUUCACCUAACGACACUGGAAGAGUGAGGAUAGCAGAGUAGUCCCUGGUAGUAUGUGUCUAGUUCCUUCUAGGAAGAUAAGGCAAUAUAUUAGGGAAACGGGCUUUUACAGCGAUUGAUGCUUUGUUACAUGUUGGUACCAUCACACAUUAGGCCCUUGGGAUGCUGAAGAACUAACCUCUUGAACAUACAGAAGACUUGUUUCUCUCUCCCAGUCAUUCUCCAAGGUGAGUUUCAUAGUCAAAUUCAUGUUGUGCUUGACUGAUCUGGGCAGGUCAAAACCUAGAUCUGUGUUAAGGACACUUGUGCCUUGGUGGUUUCCAAAUAAUUAGGAAGAUGGCUUGUCAAGAACAUUUAGGGAAAUGAGCAGUGGGCAAAUUAUUUGAAGUUAAAUGUCUUUGUUCCCACACCUGGAUUACUCUUGAAUCAGAGAUAACUCACUGUGGUUGUCAAAUAAAUGGCUUGGGGAUAUGAUGGGUAGAACAGAAUAUCCACAUAGAUGGUCUUGGAAAUAUACAUAUCUGGUCUGUAAAAUUUGUAAUGAAGUUCAGUGAUGAUAAAAGCCCCACCUGCUCUUUCUCUUGAGUUGUUGUAAAGGCAAAUGCCACCAAGCUAGCCUACCUAGGUUUUUAAAAAGUAGCUUGAAGUGUCUAACAUCUGAGUUAUGUAAAAACAUUGAAGUUAGUCUAGUCAUCCAAGAGAUAGUGUUACAGAUGGCAGCUGAAAGAAAGCACUAUUUCUAAGUGAGAGUUUUGGGACCAUGGAAAAACUCAAGUCACUAAAAGCACUUGCUGCCCAAGCCUAAAGACCUGUCUGCAGGACCCUAACACCCAUAGAAGGUGGGUGUUUGUCAUAUUUGCCUGUAAGACUACCUCUGGGGAGAUAAGAGGAAGGCCGAUCUUGGAGGUUUCCCAAUCAUUUAAACUCCAGGUUCAGUAAGAAAAACCUGUCUCAAAAAAUAAGGUGGAGCAUCUACUGAAAACAUUGCCACAUGAACCUUUGUCUAACCUUUGUCCGUGUCAUGUGCCCAUGCAGGCAAGUGCACUGAAUUACAUAAUGUGUACACACACAAAGGAGAUUUGUUUACUCUCAGGGAACAUCUGCAUCAUAAUUCCUAAUCAGGAAGGAAGGAGAAAUGUGAAGAACAUUAAAAUAAUUCCCAUUCACUUAAUAGUAUAUACUUAAUCAUUUAGCACACUCACUUUGUAAGCAAAAUCCAUAUUCUUGUAAUCCCAGAAUCUUAGAAACCUAUGCUUAUUGCUUUUUACACAAAUUUAUCUUAAUUAACUUUCAGUCAGAUUGAACAUUUCAAGGCUUUUAUAUGCAGAUCCUGUUACUUAAGUAUUGGAUACUUAACUAUGUGCUCAACCCUGACAAAGUGUUGGCUAUGCAAGGAUAAGAGAAAUCCACUUAGGGCUGGAGAGAUGGCUCAGAAAAUAAGAGCACUGACUGGUCUUCCAGAGGACCUGAGUUUGCUUCCCAGCAACCACAUGGUGACUCACAACCAUCUGUAAUGGGAUCUGAUGCCCUCUUCGGUGUGUCUGAAGACAGUUACAGUGUACUCAUACAUAAUUCUUUUUUAAAAAAAGAUGACAGCAGCUAUUGUGGACUUGAGGUGCCACAUUAAGUAUAUUUUGGGGGAGAUUGAUGAUAGAGAUUGAUGAUAGAGUCUAGAUAAACAGUGGGGGUAAAUGCAGCUUUAGGGAAUUAACAUUGUUCUUAAUCUUAUGUCCUUAGGUCACAGAAAAAUGCACUUCAUUCCUUUUCCUUAGUCCCAGUUCCUAAUUUUUUAGGACUUUCUGUGUGCUAAGAAGUCAUAGUUGGUAUUUGGCUCUUGAGUUUUCCUUACUACUUGUCUUUGAGCAGAUGUUUGUGUUCACAACUUUCUAUAUGCCAAAAGAUGUGCAUUUGCUCUUCAAAGAGCUGCUCAGUGUAUUUCACCAAGUGAUAGUUUUCAGCUCCGACUUUGUGACCUUUUACAGAAGAUAGACUACAGACUAAGGAGUGGGUGCUUGCAUACACAGUAACAUUUACCUUACCCUAGAAGGGGACUUCCCAGAAGGUUCUCAACAACAAAGAAAACCUGAGGAAGCCAUAUGAUUGGAUGUGGAGGCCCUCAGUAACUAGAUAGAUACUCUCAUACUUCUUCUUGACACUCAAAGAAAAUGAGGAGCAGAUAUAAAAAAAGUUUGAUUUUCAUCUUGACUGCAAAAUUUAAAGGAACCAUUGGGGAGAAAAACAAUAAACCUGAGAUGUAGUUUUUAAAUGGACUUAAACUUUUGAGUUGAAUGCUUCACUCUUUUUUAAAAGUACUUUUAAAAAAUUGCAGGUUUGCCAGGCAGUGGUGGUGCAUGCCUUUAAUCCCAGCACUAGGGAGACAGAGGCAGGUGGAUUUCUGAGUUUUCGAGGCCAGCCUGAUCUACAGAGUAAGUUCCAGGACAGCCAGGGCUAUACAGAGAAACCUUGUCUCGAAAAACAAAACAAAAACAAACAAAAAAAAAUGCAGGUUUAUUUAACAUGAGUUGCUAUGAGUGUAGCAUGGAAUUUGGUUUGAGACGUGGACUAAAAGAAUACUUUUCUGUAAAUUAUGACAACUUUUGCCACAAAUCAGGGCUUAGGACUGUGUAUCUGUAUCAGAACUUGUCUGGCUUCAUGAACACUGAAUUAGGCUAACCUGAGCCAAAACUCAAUUUUAUUAAAUUUAAUCACGAUUCAUCUUUAUUAAGUGAGCCUAAUUAGAAACUGAAUUCACUCAUACAAAAACAUCUGAAGAUAUGUUAGAAUUUAUUUUACACAUAGCCUCUGUCCUUCAUAUGGAACACAUGGAAUAUAAAGUUACUUUUAAAACCAAACUAAUAUUUUCAGGUAACCUAGAGUUUAGAAAUGAAAUUGAAGAUUCAUCUUCAAGGUAGCAGCUCUUUUCUGCUUAGGUUAACAUAGGACGACUUCAGUAUUUACCUGCUGAACCCUGUAUGUCAUCAUUUUAAUAUCCAAGUCCAGUUCUCCCAUAGACUCAUACCAACUCAAUGGAGAAAAGGGUGUGGUCACAUGACUGAACCCAGCAGUUGGCAAGUGAAGGCUAGAAGAUGAGUCCAAAGUCAUCUUCACCUAUAGCAAAUUCAAGGCCAUAUCCGGCUCCAUAGGACCCUGCCUCAAUAGAGUGGGAAUGAUCAGACUUGUUCCCGGGAAAGGUCUAGUACAUGACAAAUGAAUCUCGAAGUUAAAAAGUCUCUGUAGCCAUCAGUGCUUUGAUGUGUUUUCAGAACUCCUAAUGGAGCGAGUUCCUGCAACACACCUUUCACCAGCAUCAAGAGAAUCAGAAUGGAAGAGAUGAGUUUAGUGUUAGUCUUAUGGACUGGAAUCUGUGCACGUAGGCCUUAGCACUUUGACACAUGAACAGUCUGCCUUUCAACUCCAUACCAUCUUCUGUCCUCUCACUUUCUACUCUCCCCUUUAUUGGUACCAUAGAUGCUGUUUUCUUACAAGUCGAAUGUAUGAUAAUGGUUCUGUCUUAAUGACUUAUGUUGAAUAAAGGCAUACGAUUUUACU